AUUGGGUCGUUACCUACCCUCUGAUGUCAUCAAUGUGCGACUUUACAAGUAGUUUUCGAACAGGGGAAGCUAACAUUCGUGUGAAAGGUAUGCCAAUGUGAUCAUGGCCAGCAGGCAGUGGUGUGAGGGUCACUCCACCCCAGUGCUGUGUGUGGGGGCCUCUGGGGGUCCGGAGGGUCUCCUAGCCUCUGGCUCAGAGGAGGGUGAGGUAACAGUGUGGAACCAGGAGGGAACGGUGUUAGCUCGUCUCCGUCUGCCCAGCGGGGAUGAUGUGACCAGCGCUGUGUUCUCGCCGGCGGCUCCAGGCCUGUUGUAUGUGUCCCACGGGGAGACGGUGAGCGUAUUGGACCCUAGGAGCCUAAAGGGGGCGGUAGAGGAGCUACAGGGUGCGGGAGAGGAGGAGAUCAACUCUCUGGCUCUGAAUGAGACAGGCUCAGCUCUGGCCGUGGCUGAUGACUCGGGGGUGGUGAGGGUGCUAGGGCUGCCGGGGGGUCAAGUAAACAGGACGCUCCGCAGACACACCAACAUCGUCUCAUCUGUGGCUUUCCGCCCUCUCAGGCCCAACAACUUGGUCUCAGCCGGGCUCGACAUGCAGGUGAUGUUGUGGAGCCUCCAGAAGACACGCCCCGUCUGGACCCUCAACCUGCAGGAAGUGGCUGAGGAAGAGGAGGCCCAUCAGCACAAAGCCGGUCAGCUCUUCAACCCACCUCUGGCCCACUGCGUCUCUGUAGCAACCUGCGGGAAUGUUUUGGCCUGCGCCGCCGAGGACGGACGUGUGCACCUGAUGCGGGUCGGCAGUGGCUCCAAACUGGACCGACAGGGGGCCAUCAAGGCCCACAGCCAGGGAGCCUCGCAGGCCCACUUCCUCAGCUUCUUACCCCACCCAUACUGGCUGGCUACUGGGGGCAACGACGGCAUGGUGGCCCUCUGGGAUCUCAGUCAGAACCCGGUAGUUACUGUUGAGGAUAAGGGCAAGCCACAGGCAGCGCCAGUCCACCGCAGGAGACCCAAUGCCAGGGCUAAAGCCAAACUCCAGGCCCAGCCCCAGCAGGCCAAAGAGGAGACUAAGGAGAGGGAGGAGGUGGAGGGCAGCAGUGUAGAUCAGUCACCAGGCACAGAGGAGGCCCUGAAAUCAGGACCUAAACUCAGCUUCAGCCAUGGGGACAAGGUGAACUGGGUGUGUCCCACUCUGCUGAGAGGGGAGCCCAGCCUGGUGGUGGCUGAUCAGAGCCCGAACCUGUCUGUCUACUCUCUGGCUGGUCUAUAGACCUAACCUGUCUGUCUACUGUCUGGCUGGUCUAUUGACCUAACCUGUCUUGUCUACUGUCUGGCUGGUCUAUUGACCUAACCUGUCUGUCUACUGUCUGGCUGGUCUAUUGACCUAACCUGUCUGUCUACUGUCUGGCCGGUCUAUAGACCUAACCUGUCUGUCUACUCUCUGGCCGGUCUAUAGACCUAACCUGUCUGUCUGUCUACU